AAACUCAUUCAUAAUCUCCUCUUGGCUUUGUUAAAUCUUGAUAGCCCAGUAUAGCCUUUAGAGGAGAAAUAAUAAAAUUACAGUCACUUUUUUCCCCUUUGGUUUUUAUAUCAUGACUGGGGAAAGGGAAAACUCUCAGUUUUUUUUCCAAAGGAGAUAAUUGGGGUUCUUGCUCAAGGUCGCACAGUCUGUAAAUGGCACAGCUAGGAUUCAAAUCAGGCCUUAGGAGUCCAGGACCAGAGCUCCAUAGGUAGUGUCAUUGUCCUUAUGUAAUCUCCAGAGAAUAAGUUUGCUGACCUCUUAGGUAGUGUCACUGUCCUUAUGUAACCUCCAGAGAAUAAAUAGGUAACAUCUUAUAAGAAGCCCGACAGGAGCAGCUAUACCUGGGCUGAAUGUUUUACAGUGCUCAUUCAAGGCUCCCAAGUCCUCCUUCUUCACCGGUAUGAGGGUUUCUGGUAGAGCACAGGAGCCUGUGCCUUCUGUGGAGAAAUGCUCUCGUGUGGCAUGCCUAGCAGCGCUUUUAUUUUAUAGCAAGAGUUGACUUUCUACCAACUUUGUGUAUCUGGACUGAAUGGAAUAUGGUAUAAGACAUUUUAAAACGAACACGAAAUGUGGUAAACAAGCUGGCAUUUACUCAUGGACACUAGCUGUAUCAGCAGUUUCUGCACUUUGCCCCUCCAUUAAAUUAACUGCCAGGCUGGGGCCAUUAAAACUCAUUACUUUCUUCUCAAUUAUAGUCAGGCUAACUCUAGAUAUUCUAAGGCUCUCUCAUAGAAUCUUUCUCAGAAAGGACUGGGAGUUUCCUUUCAGUGUAGCCCUUCCUGGCUGUUCCUAUUGUCAAGUCUCUCUGUUUUUGUAAAUUUUGUCUCUGAAUAUGCCUAUCUGAAAGCCAGAUCUCUGUUGAUGAUGCAUUCCCAAAUCUUAGUAUUUGCAUCCGCGAGAGCCCUAGGAAUAGAGACAUAUUGUACUCCUCACAGAAAGCAGCAUUUGUUGCUUGCUUGGGGGCUUUCUGAUUGAUGCAAGGGGGCGAGGAAAGAGUUGGCUGUGGUUAGGGAGCAGAUUUAGAGCGGUUUCUCAUUGGAGGGGCUCGCAUUCUGUAAGCUGCCAGACACUGCAGGCUCAACCAAGGCGCGGAGGUGCAAUUCAGGCUGGUGGAGCGGCGGGGGAAGGCAAGGACAGGCGGGGCUAGCGCGGCUCUGCAGCUGAUCACACGCACCAGCACACACACCUCAUCCCCGCUGUCUCUGCUUGAGCCUCGCAUCCUCCAUCCACGGGGCAGCUAAAGCGCGAAUAUGGAAUAGGAGAAACAGGAAAUGAAGACUCAAAUGUUCCUAUUGCGAGACACUGGAAAAGCUGGAGCAACGCCAGUGUUUAACCUGAAAGUCUGACCUCGGUUAAGCAGUCCCUCUGGCUCCUGGAAAGAGGGCAUCUCACGCGUCAAGGAACCCCAGAGUCAGGCAUCCAAGUCAGUCUCUGCUUGGAGCACUAGGGUCUCCUGCCUGAGACUCUGUAGUGCCCCCAGGGGGUGCGCAGACUGAGGGACCUGCAUUGGCUCUCACCGUGGAAUACCAGGAAAAGUAGGCAAGGGUCAGGCAGCCCUGAGCGCAGGGUGCUUUGCCGGACUGCCUCGGUUUCUUGCGGCGGCUCUGUCUGUCCUCUGCUCCUGGCGCUUGGCUCCUGUGCCUCCGCUUCGUGUUUGAAUCUGGCUCGCCCCUCCGUAUUAUGUCUGCACUCCGAAGGAAAUUUGGGGACGAUUAUCAGGUAGUGACCACUUCGUCGAGCGGCUCGGGCUUGCAACCCCAGGGGCCAGGGCAGGGCCCGCAGCAGCAGCUUGUACCCAAGAAGAAGCGGCAGCGGUUCGUGGACAAGAACGGCCGGUGCAAUGUGCAGCACGGCAACCUGGGCAGCGAGACCAGUCGCUACCUCUCGGACCUCUUCACCACUCUGGUGGACCUCAAGUGGCGUUGGAACCUCUUCAUCUUCAUACUCACCUACACCGUGGCCUGGCUCUUCAUGGCGUCCAUGUGGUGGGUGAUCGCUUACACCCGGGGCGACCUGAACAAAGCCCACGUCGGCAACUACACUCCCUGUGUGGCCAAUGUCUACAACUUCCCCUCUGCCUUCCUCUUCUUCAUCGAGACCGAGGCCACCAUUGGUUAUGGCUACCGCUACAUCACCGACAAGUGCCCCGAGGGCAUCAUCCUCUUCCUCUUCCAGUCCAUCCUGGGAUCCAUCGUGGACGCUUUCCUCAUUGGCUGCAUGUUCAUUAAGAUGUCCCAGCCCAAGAAGCGCGCUGAGACCCUCAUGUUUAGCGAGCAUGCGGUGAUCUCCAUGAGGGACGGAAAACUCACUCUCAUGUUCCGGGUGGGCAACCUGCGCAAUAGCCACAUGGUAUCCGCGCAGAUCCGCUGCAAGCUGCUCAAGUCUCGGCAGACACCUGAGGGUGAGUUCCUUCCCCUUGACCAACUUGAACUGGAUGUAGGUUUUAGCACAGGGGCAGAUCAACUUUUUCUUGUGUCCCCUCUCACAAUUUGCCACGUGAUCGAUGCCAAAAGCCCUUUUUAUGACCUAUCCCAGAGAAGCAUGCAAACUGAACAAUUCGAGGUUGUCGUCAUCCUAGAAGGCAUCGUGGAAACCACUGGGAUGACUUGUCAAGCUCGGACAUCAUACACUGAGGAUGAAGUUCUUUGGGGUCAUCGUUUUUUUCCUGUAAUUUCUUUAGAAGAAGGGUUCUUUAAAGUUGAUUACUCCCAGUUUCAUGCAACAUUUGAAGUCCCCACCCCUCCGUACAGUGUGAAAGAGCAGGAGGAAAUGCUUCUCAUGUCCUCCCCUUUAAUAGCACCAGCCAUAACCAAUAGCAAAGAAAGACAUAAUUCUGUGGAGUGCUUAGACGGACUAGAUGACAUUAGCACAAAACUUCCAACAAAGCUGCAGAAAAUUACUGGGAGAGAAGACUUUCCCAAAAAACUCCUGAGGAUGAGUUCUACAACUUCAGAAAAAGCCUAUAGUUUGGGUGAUUUGCCCAUGAAACUCCAACGAAUAAGUUCAGUUCCUGGCAAUUCUGAAGAAAAACUGGUAUCUAAAACCACCAAGAUGUUAUCUGAUCCCAUGAGUCAGUCUGUGGCAGAUUUGCCACCAAAGCUUCAAAAGAUGGCUGGAGGACCUGCCAGAAUGGAAGGGAAUCUUCCAGCCAAACUAAGAAAAAUGAACUCUGACCGUUUUACAUAGCAAACACCUCUUUAGGAAUUAUUUAAUGUUUUGAUUUAGUAUUAGUCCAAUAUUUGGCUUACAAAAUAAUCCUCCCUAGGAAAUCAGAGAGGUCUAUCCCAGUCUAGCAAGUAUAUUUGAGAACUCUUCAUUCCAGUGUUGUUACUUUGCAGAACAUGAAUUAGGAAGGGAGGUCAUCAUAAGGAAGUUAUUAGUGGGCAUGUAUUAUCACAUCAAGCAUGCAAUAAUGUGCAAAUUUUGCAUUUAGUUUUAUGGCAUGAUUUAUAUAUGGCAUAUUUAUAUUGAAUAUUCUGAAAAUAUAUAUAAAUAUAUAUUUGAAGUGGAGAUAUUCUCCCCAUAAUUUCUAAUAUAUGUAUUAAGCCAAACAUGAGUGGUUAGCUUUCAGGGCACUAAAAUUAUAUACAUGUAUACAUACACACAUAUGAACACACACACACAAACAGAUAACAUACCCAUACAAACAUAUAUAUCUAAUAAAAAUUGUGAUGUUUUGUUCAAAUUUGUAUUUCUUGUGCAUGUUUACUUUAUUAGAAUAGGAAGGCUGCUGGCAUUGAUUAUGAAUACCAAAUAUUUUAGCCUUAAAUUAUUUGUUCUUUAAAAUCUGAUUUAAUGUUUUCUGCUGUUAAGGUCAUGGAAUCUUUCAAUUGUACUUUAUCAUGAAAGAUUUUCAGAAGCUUGUGGUGUUCAUGGCACCACUGACAGACAUCAUAAUUAUGUAUUUAAUUUGUAAAUUUUAGAGUGUGCCGAUACCUGGUACAUACCAUUGAACUUUUCUUAUGAUUUUUAGAAGUCACUAGAACUGGGGUCAGGUGAAUAAGUUCAUCAAUUCAUCAAUUAGUCUUUUCCUAGAAUAACUAAUAUCUCUAAGUUGGAUUUUUACACAAUCUAAUAAAAAUAUGAGCUCUGAACAAAUGCUGAAUCAUUGAAAUAAUCAUUAGCCAGGUUAUAUUUGAAUGUGUUAGAAUUUGUGUGAUAUUUACAGGGUAAUGAUUCCUCUUUCAAAUGAGCUGAUUGCAAAUGUUUUCUUCUUUUUCUGGAACUUUUGUCAUCCAUAAAAAAAAAGAAACAAUGAAACAGACGAAGCACUCAUGCUAAAAUGUCUAUGUCUAAUAGAGACUUUUAUGCUCUUCUAUUUUUUAUGCCAUUUGUCAUGAAAGGAUGGGUUUGUUCCUUAUCUGGGGGUUCCUUAUCCCAGACCUGUCAGUCAUAAUUUAGCACAGACCUGAGAGAGAUUAAAAUCACAAGAAUUAAAAAUGUUAGUAUACUCAGGAUUUUCUGGUUUUGUUUUGGUGUUGAACAAUUUUUUUUUUUGAUGCCUUGGAUCCCUGGCCUCCAAAAUAAGUUUAGUAGUACUCUAUUUCAACCCCCAACAUCUGGCUGGAAUCAAACUUGAUCAGUAGUACAUUUUCAACACAGGUUUUAGGGUGAGGAGUUUUUUAAAAAAAUGCUGAAUGACUUCUUGGUAUAUUCGCAUAGGUUUUCCUAUAUAAUUUCUUUGGAGUUUGCAAGUGAAAUUGGCUCAGAAUUAGCUCACUUCUCAUUAAUAUGUAAAUCGCAGAUGGAUGGUUUGAGCACACAGUAUUUAUGGUUUAGUGAUCUUGCGAUCAUUUUAUUAGAGGCAAAUUAUUACAUCAACAGUAUAUCAUCCACGAUAUCUUCUGGCUACCUCUGUAUCAACCAAAUUCUGUAGGUGCAAACACAUACCAGGGAAUGAUUACUGGAAAAAUGAUCAACUAUAGCAUCCAUCCACUGUGAAUAGGCAGUUGCCCUACCCCUUGAUCACUAAAUGUUCUUAUUUGCCAGAUGAAGAUGAUAAAAUAUUAGCAGGAAAAAAAAGGGGGGACCAGUGGGUAUGGAAUAUUUAGCAGUGGAGGAAGCUGCAUAGAUCAUUUAGUCCAACACCUUAAAACUAUACAGAGCCAUAAUAUUCUUUGGAGAGUCAUUUUAAUUUGUUUUUGGUAUUGUAAAGAAGAACCAAAAACAAACUCUCUGGAUUUAUUCAUUUAACAAAAAUUGUUGCAUGCCUUCUUUGUCCUAGGCAUUGUAUUUUUUUUCUUUUUUAUAGUUUAGUUCCUGGGGAUUUAGAUAUGUACACUAUAUUAGGAAGAAAGUGUGGAGGAGAAAGAGAGAGACAGUAUCCAGUAGUCAACAUUUCAAUUAUGAAGAUAAAAAUAGGGCAGAAUCAGAAACAGCUGUGGGUUGAUGAGAGCUCAGAAGGUGACACAGAGGGAGGUAACAUUAACAUUGGGACUUAAUGACAAGAAAGAGCCAGUGUGGCCAUAAUAAAGCAAUUCAAGAGAAUAGUACACUUUGACCUUUUCCACAUACGUGUGGGAACAGUAUGAUUUCUGCAUGUACUUGCAGUUUAAUCCCAAUUUCUAGGUUGAUUACAGGAUCCAGUCUGCCCAGGAAAAAUUGCAGUUUAUACUUGUUGUACUUGUGUAAUUAUUAGUAUCCCUCUCUUUGAUUCCUAUUAUGUCCUGGUUUGGAUGAUAUAUGGUAAAGUUUUGUUGAUGCUAACAAAAUUAUCGAGUCUAAUAUAUUUGGAAAAAAUAAAGAAUUGCUUUACUUCUCCUUUUCUUGAUUUUCUUUUCUUUCACAGACUAUUUUAAAACGCAUUUUCAGUAUCCCCUAUUUAGCCUCAAGAAAUUCUUAGAAAAGAAGUCAGGUCUGCACAUGAUAUGUCUCUUAGGCUCAAAACUUAAGCAUUUUAUUGAGAGCAUAACAUACAAAGUAAACCUAUUUCCAUUUAAAGAAGUUCUAAGAGCUAAAGUCAAAGGAACUAGAAGUUAACUUAUAUAACCAACUUACUGGUUGCUCGGAAAGAAACAUCAAACAAUUGGACACCAAUGAGUUCCUAGUAUUUUACAGCAUAGCACGUGUAGUAUAAAAGAUAUUUUAUUUAUCAAAAUGUUAACAAAGCAAGUAUUUUGAAAAUGUUUAUCUUCGGUUUAAGUAUUUAGUCAUUGCAGCAAUAUAUAAAUAUACUAUGUAAUAUAUGUAAGAUGAGCUGGAGGAUAUUUCAUCACCAAUUAUGUUUAAAUAUUAUGGUAUUAAAGUAUACAUAUAUGUAAACAACCAUACAUAUAUGAUUUUACAUUUUAUCCAGAAGAGUUCUGUUACCCCAGUACUGAAAACCUCUUUUGUCUGGAAGGGAUGGAUUUAUCUAAUGCAUAAUUUUUUCUUGAGGUUUAAUUAUGUCACAGUUUUCUUAUAUUAAUUGUAUCAGGAGUAUUAUUGUUAUUUUUAUUAUGAAGAAAGUUCAGUUAGACUGAACAGUACUUCUGUGCUUUCUAUUUUACAAUUUAUAAAUAACAUUU